AUGGAGUCUACUUGUCUCUGGAUGCUGGUUACUGGGAUUCUGGCUGUUGUUCACUGUCAGCUUCUACCUGACUAUGAGGAAAAUAAUGAGACAGAGAUCUACUUACAGGAUGAAAAAUACUCAAAAGCAUCCCUACCAUGCCAUAAAAUCUCCACUACCAAUACCAUUUUUGCCCUACGCUUAUACAAGGAAUUAACUUUGGCAGCCCCUGGUGAAAACAUUUUCUUCUCCCCUGUAAGUAUCUCCAUGGCUCUAGCCAUGUUGUCCCGUGGUAUCCAAAGUACAGUUCGAACUCAGAUCUUAGAGGGGCUGGGAUUCAACCUCACAGAGAUGCCUGAAUCUGAGAUCCACAAGAGUUUCCAGCAUCUCCUCUAUAAACUAAACCUGAACAACAAAAAGCAUGAACUGAAGGUAGGAAAUUCUGUGUUCCUGGAUAGUCAGAUAAAACCACUUCAUGAAUGGCAUGGCAUCAAGGAAUAUUAUGGAGCCACAACUUUUACCGUCAACUUCACUAACUUUUUUUCAACUAGUAACAAAUAUAUGAGGAAACAAAUCUAUGGGGAAAUUAUAGAAUUUCUUCAAGACUUCAAUCAGGACACUGUAAUGGUGCUUGUGAAUUAUAUAUUUUUUAAAGCCAAAUGGAAGCCUGCUUUCAAGCACUCCUGGAUUGAGAAGCAUCUGAGUUCUUCUGUGGAUGAGAAGAUCAUAAAACUCUCUAUGAUGCACCAAAAGGCACAGCACCGGUUUUUGUAUGAUAAGGAGCUGGCCUGCAUUGUACUACAGAUGGAAUACAUUGAGAAUGUCCUCAUCCUUCUCAUUCUGCCAGAUGAAGGGAAAAUGAGACAAGUGGAAGAUUCUCUGAAACCAGAAACCCUGAAGAAAUGGAACAAAUUACUAUUGCCCAGUCUGCUAAAUUUACAUUUGCCAAAGUUUUCGAUUUCUGGGGAAUAUAGCCUGGAAGAAAUACUUCCCAAAAUAGGUUUUUCCAGCAUAUUCACUCCAGAAGUCAAUCUAUCCCGUGCCAGUGGACAACCACACCUGACAAUCUCGAAGUUGCUGCACCGAGUUGCGGUGGAAAUGAAUGAGAAAGGCACCAAGGCUGUGGCUGCCUCCACCUUUCUAUCCCCGCCUGAGACUCUGAACCAAGCACAUCCACCAGCUGUUCAUUUCAACAGGCCUUUCCUACUGCUGAUUUGGGAAGAGUCUGCCCAGAGUUUGCUUUUCCUUGGAAAAAUCAUAACCCCAACUGCAAAUUAACUUUGGUAAGAGAUAAAGGAAUGGGAGUCAUCUCAGAAAAGUCACAUGUUUUUUUAAUCUCUCAUUUUCCUACAUGACAUGGGCACAAUACUUGGGGCAUAACUCAUUAGGGUGAAGUAUCUCAAUAGUGGAUGACUUCAACUACAGUAAUAAUUGGAUAUUUUGGACAUAAAGUCUAUCUUCUGGUGAUCUGAAGGCUGUGGACAUUGUUAAUGCCCCCUUCCUAUGACCUGAAGCCUUCACUUUAUAAAUUCUCAUUCAUUCAUUCAUUCAUUCAUUCAUUCAUGCUCCUA